GUUGGGUCUACUGGCUGAAGGCAUAAGUGUGACAGCCCUGUUGGGUUGAUACCAUGGCAGCAUCCUUGCCGGCGUACCACGGGGCAAUUAGCAAGCUGGAAGGUGAGAAUCUGCUGAGCAGAAAGGGCAAGGAAGGAACCUACCUCAUCAGAGACAGUGAGACCAUACAGGGAGCCAUGUGUCUCUGUGUGUACAAACAGAAGAUGGUGUAUACCUACAGACUACUUCAGACACACAAUGGUUACUUCACUCUUCAGGCUGCAGCCGGAGUGGAGGAGAAGUUCUUUAAGACCAUGACAGAUUUAAUCAGGCAUUACAAAAGGAGGAACCAGGGACUGGCUGUUCAUCUUCGUCACUCAGUCAAGAGGAAAACUGUGCUUCAACUUCCGGCUGCCGUAGUACCAGACGAAGAUAAGGAUUAUGAGAACAUCCCUGAUUCAGAAGACUAUGUUGAUGUCCUGCCUUCCUGACCAGCCCACCUGGAAGAUCUGUUUGAAGAAACCCAACUUGGUUCUGGUCUUUGUGUCCUUAAUGGAGCUACUGACCAUACCCAACUGACCAAAUGCCAAGAGAGUAUGAGUAUCACAGUGUUUGUGCUGAAACCGUAUUGUCUUUUUUGUGACUUUGACAGUUUUGUUUGUUUCUUGCUUAUAUUCAGAGGAUUGCAGAUAGUUUCAUUUAAAUGUUUAUAGACACCUGUAAAAAUAUAUUUUCAAAAUGUAACCUAGGGAGGUUACACAUGUAACCCCCCCUUUUAUGUUCAAAACAUUUUGUCACCAUGUUUUCACACCUUUACCUUCAUGCAGGCCAGUUUGCUUUCAGUUUGCUCUUCAAGUAUGAUUAAGUAACCUAUGGCUCAAGUUGGUUAAUUUUCAUUAUCUACAGUGUAGGAGUCUCUUAGUAAUGUUGAUUAGUGAGCUGCCUACGCCUUAUAAAAAAACAGAGCUGUGUGAAAAAAUAUUAGGAUAUGUAUCUUGCCAUAGUUCAUACCACAUUUUCCAUGAUGUACAUGGUCUAAUGACGGAGGCAGUGAGCCUGUAGUUGCUUUCAGUCAAAUCACAGAUGUUCUUGCGAAUCGCAGUUCGUCCCCUUUAGUUCAAACGGUAAACUGAUUAAAGUGUUAAUUUUUAAAUAAUGAACCCUGUUGUUUAGAAACAUAAUUAUGUUAGUUUCCUGUGGUUUAAUGCAUAUUGCCUAAGAGCACCCU